AUGGCGAUCAACGUGACCGAGUGGCUGCUAGCGGCGAAUCGGACACAUGGCAAAGUGUUGUUCGUAACCGACGAGCUCGAUGAAUUUAAUAUGCUAUUUAGAAUCGCUCUGCACCGCCGCCUUCUGCUUGGUCUCUUUGUGCCGGCCACUUGCGGUCUUCUCACCGCUUUACUGGUCUGGGUUAUGUUUGUCGUAUACACGGAGCGGCCGCCUGUUGUGCUGGCCUACACGGAGAACAUGUACACCACUGACCUGGAGAUAGCCACCGAUUUCGGCAACAUGGAUCUCUUAACACUGGACCAGCCGCCAAGACGAUCGUCUAAAAUCAGCAGCCAGCAUCGUUCUACCCCGAGCUAUCUGCGCCGGAUGAGAAACUUUUACUCAUCCAUGGACAACAACGCCAUCACUCCCGAAUUGCUGCUCACCGCAGAUCUAGACUUAUCGGAAGACUCCUCGUAUCUCAAUCAGAUCUCUUAUCCCAAAUCUGACUGUUUCUUCAUAUCUGAUAGGCACAAAAAUCAGCUUUUAAUCCCAAUGCUCUUAAACACCCGACCUCGAGCCUCUUGGAAAGCUUGGACUAGGGACAGCCUGAAGGUGGAUUCUGAUUCUCACCUACCAAAGCUUACAACAAAUGAUGCCGUCACAACAACCAAAGAGUCCUGUUUUUAUUCGUCCAGGAAUAGAGUAUUUUCUAUGCCAUGCCUACAAUGCUGUAUGAAGCCAGGAAUCGAACAGCCCCUGACUUCUUGGUCUACUUCAGACGUGUUUGAUCAUGCAAACUGA